AUGUUUAGAUCAACUAAUUUCAGUUUCAAGAAGGGGCUUGAGCGUACGUUCCCGAUUGGUGACAUUAUCGGAUUAAACGCAUACCCCAGACAUACAGCCAAGUUAUUCAAGGAGUUUUACAAGCAUGCUGACGAUUGUUAUUUGCGUAUCUAUCGUGAAUUACAACAUAGUAUCGAUCAGUUAAUUGGUGACUGUGAGGAACCCAAGUUGAUUAUCAACUUUGACAAAAUUUCAAUGACCAUUAUCGCACGGGCAAUGGCAAAUCUCUUCGUUGGCGAAGAACUGUGCAAGGAUGACGAGAUCGUAAAAGUGUUUGCGACGUUUGCUACUACUCUAAUACGAGUCAAAAAACUUUCUUCGAUCGCGUACCUUAUUCAUCCUCGUCUCCAAACGAAAUACAUCAAAUUAGUCUUUAAAUAUGGAGACAAUUCACCGCAAAAGCAUAAGGACCUUUUGACAAAAAAGUUAAAGCCUAUUUUCGAGAAACGCUAUCAGGACAUGCAACAGUUUGGAAAUGAAUGGAAGCGUCCCGAUGAUCUAAUUCAACUCCUAUUGGAAUAUUCCAUUGACUUGUUUGGUAAAAUUCACUACGACUGCAUAGCAUGUCAUAUGCUAAUGCUUGUGUGGGCUUCGAUCCAUACUACUAGCGAAAAUCUUUUAAACACGCUCAAUGAUUACGCGGGAAGGUCUGAGUACUGGAAUGAUCUGAGAAAAGAACAAGAGGUCACAACAGACGGUCUUGAUUUUGACUUGACUAUGGACCGAAUGGAGAAAUUGGAUAGUUUUGUCAAAGAAUCUAAUCGUCUGAUAGGGCAUAUCAGUAAGUAUGACUCGUUGAUAGCAAUAGACGCCGGAUGUUAUUUGUUACGUUUUCAAUUAUACUCUCUCUUUCUCUCUCCAAAUACUCUCAAUUAUUGGUUUAUCGCAUCCAGUAACGCUCCCUCUCAUUGUGCAAUGUGUCCGUCUUUUACGUUCAGUAAUGGGUAUCAAGUUCCCAAAGGUCGCCUGGUAUUGAUGAACAACCUCGCCCACAUGUCCAAUUCUUCUCUGCACGGUGAUAAUCCGGAGACGUUUUCUGGAUUUCGACACGUCAGCAAGUCUCCAUUCGCUAGAGUCGGUAGGGACUCGAUGGCUUUUGGGCUAGGAAAACAUGCAUGUCCGGGUAGAUGGUUAGCUAGUAGGAACAUUAAGAUGGCAAUGUCAAUACUUAUUAGAAAGUACGAGAUUAGCACUCUUGACGGAAAACGGCCGAAGUACCCUAUAAAACGCGGGUUUAGCGCUAUAGGUCCUCUGCCUCUAACUUUUAAGAAGAGGAAGUAG